AUGGAUAAUGCCAACCUGUGGACUCGUCGGGCAAACUCCUCCAAAUUGUCGCUGUCCAUGUCCGGGACAGAUGGCAAAGAAGGUGCCCGCGUCGAACUGCCCCGCUCCUCCAAACGGUUCGGCCCUGACAGCUCCCAAGGGCGCUCGAAUCCCUUCAACGCAAUAUCCCCCAUGUCCGGCGGCGUCUCCUCGCCAUCGACCAAUGCCUCCUCCGCAUUCGGGCUAGGCUCGGGCGCAUUCGCCUCGUUUGGGGCCCCGAAGACGCCGGGUGGCUCGUCCGAGGUGAAAACCCCCGGAGAGAAACGUGACGGGUCGGAGCAGGAUGAUGUGGCGAGAGCCAAGGCUCUGUCGAGUUCCCCGGUCUCCACUCCCGGGGAGCACCCGUUGAAGUCGACGUGGAUUGUCUGGUACCGUCCUCCUACGCCCAAGUACUCCGACUACGAGAAAUCAACCGCCCCGCUUGCUUCGAUAUUUUCCGUGGAGAGCUUCUGGGCCGUCUAUUCGCAUCUCAAACGGCCGUCGCUUCUUCCGACGGUGUCCGACUAUCAUAUCUUCAAAAAGGGUAUUCGUCCCGUGUGGGAAGAUGAGGCCAACAAGCGCGGUGGCAAGUGGAUUGUCCGGCUAAAGAAGGGCGUGGCCGAUCGGUACUGGGAAGACCUGCUGCUGGCGAUGGUGGGCGAUCAGUUUGCCGAGGCUGGUGAUGAAGUGUGCGGCGCAGUCCUGAGCGUUCGAGGCGGCGAGGACGUCUUGAGUGUGUGGACAAGAAUUGACGGUGGGCGGAACAUCAAGAUCCGAGAAACCAUCAAGCGCCUGCUCGCAUUUCCGCCAGAUACCAACAUUGUCUGGAAGAGCCACGACGACAGUAUCGCUCAACGCUCAGCCAUCGACCAGGCUCGUCAGGAGAAGGCUGCGGCUGCGGCUGCUGGUGGCCAUCUGGCAACGGACCGACGACGUGGCCAUGAAGACCCGGAGAAAGGAAAGGGGGCUGCUGCCUCGUGA